UCCUCCUUCCAUGCUCGUGGGUCGGUUUAAAGCCUUACUUUCACAGCGCCAAGGCUACCCCAAGUCUUUCCCUGCCGAAGAAAUUGUUCGAACCUAUGGGCUAUUGUUGUCAGAACUCACCUCCAAUGUGAAUCCCAUCAUUACCGAUCUCACUAUCAUUGCCGGCCAGCAGAGGAAACACGCCAAGGGCAUCGCCGAUGCCAUUUGCAACCGGAUUCUUGAGGUGCCUGCUGAUAAAAAACUUCCUUCUCUCUAUCUUCUGGACAGUAUUGUGAAGAAUUUUGGCCAGGAAUAUGUUAAACACUUCUCUUUACGUCUACCUCAAGUUUACUGUGAGGCAUACAGGCAGGUUCAGCCCAAUCUGCAUUCUAUUCUGCAACGUCUCUUUGGUACCUGGUCAAAGAUCUUCCCUCCCUCUGUUCUAAGCAAUAUUGAAGCUCAAUUGCAGUCUUCACCAGCAGUUAAUAAUCAACAAUCCUUUGCUAAUCACCUUGGGGAAUAUGAUUUUCGUGGACCGAUUCUUGGGGCACAUGUCAUUAAACCACAAUCCUUGCAGCAGAUGGAACACUCUAGUUCAAUUAUGAAUAAUGUUGGUGGUGAUAGGUUGGAUUCAACGGGAACUGUAGGUAAUACAAGAGAAGGAGGGUUGAAUGAAUGGCAGCAAAAGAGAUUUUCUAGUGAUAGUUGGAACAUAUUUCAAACUUCCAAGACUUAUAAUCUCAAUGAUGAACAACAACGUCAAAGUCCAAGAGCUCUUAUUGAGGCAUAUGGUUGUCACAAAAGCCGUGAAAUUCCUAGUACUAAGCUUUUGUUGGUGGAGCAGCUUGGAAGAAAUGGUUUAGGGAGCAAGUUUCCACUGGCAUCAUGGCAGGACACUGAAGAAGAGGAGUUUGAUUGGAAAGAUGUGAAUCCAGGAUUAGUAGACUGUAGUAGAAACAACAGUUCUAUGCAAUCAAGUGUUAGAUUCUCCAGGAAAAGAAAGUUAUCUAAUGAUCUAUCUAAUUUUUCACAGUACCCCUUUAAUAUGGGGGCUACUCAUCCUUCCGGCUUGAAUCUAGCAUUUCCAUUGCAAAAACGUCCUAAUGUAGGUCAUGGCCCAAAUAAAACUCAGUUUAUACAUGACCAAUUGCCUAAUCAACCUGGACCAAUUUCCUCUAACCUGCAAAUUCAUGGACAAACACCUCAACUACAGUUUUUUCCACCUCAAAUUUCAUCUUCAACACAAAUUAGUCAUGGGAGCUCUUUGCAAGGACAUGGUGCCUCAAUAAGUACGCCCAUCUCAAAUCCAUUACCUGAUAUGCAGGACCAAAGUCUACAGUUACAUGGGGGAACCUUGCCACCUUUAUGUCCAAGCCUCCCAACUGCUCCAUCACAAAUGAUGUCUCAUCCCCAUGCCGAUGCUUCAGUGACAAGUCAACCACCACCUGCAUAUCUUGAUUUGAUUAGUUCACUAGUGAACCACGGUGUGAUCUCGGUAACUAAUCCACCCACCAAUCCACCCACUGGACUGGAUUCCAUUGGGACGGAGUUCCAUCCAGAUAUCUUGAAGGUUCGUCAUGAAGGUGUAAUCAGUGCCUUAUACGGUGAUCUUUCUAGACAAUGCACGAGCUGCGGUCUCCGAUUCAAACGGCAAGAUGAGCACAGUAGACAUAUGGAUUGGCACGUGACUAGGAACCGAAUGUCAAAAAGCCGGAAGCAGAAGGGGUCUCAAAAGUGGUUUGCAAGUGGGAGCAUGUGGCUGAGUGGUGCAGAGGCUUCGGGAAAGGAAUCAAUUCCAAAGUUGUUGGCUCCUGAGGAGACAGAGGAAAUGAAAGAUGAGGAAGAGUUGAAGAGGAUCAGAGUAGAUGUGCACUAUGUGGAGAGGGCUUCGAUGAGUUUUACAGCCACGAAAUGGACGAGUGGAUGUAUAGAGGAGCCACAUACCUUAAGGCACCCAUGGGAACAACACUGGCCACCAUGGACAGACAUCAAUUAGGGCCCAUUGUUCAUUCCAAAUGCAGAUCUGACUUUGACUCUACUAUGCCCUCAACCAACAGGGAAUCUACCAAGAGAGUAGUAAGAGAAAAAGAAUGCGGGUCGACCAAAUAUCAGUUUUGUGCACCCUUGAUUAGGACUUACUAAUACCUUUUAGGGUAGAGUUGAAUCAUGUAUAGCUAUAGUUGCACUAGUAGUGUUCCAAUUUCUUGCAGUUAAAUACUAUUAGUUGUUGUUGCUAGUGCUCUAUUAUUGUUCCGGUGAGCUUCUGCAUUAGAUUUCAUUUAUCAGCAAAAUCACAUUAUAUUACUGUAUCAAUAAGCACGUUUAAUUCAUGAAAUUUAAUAAAAUUCUGCGUUCCGACAA